UUGUUUUAUACACACAGACGACAGACAAGCUUCUGACGUGGGCUCAAAACACUAAAACGGCCUCUGAAUCAGUCAACACUUUGAGGCAUGAGAGAUUGAUUAAACCACAGACCAAGUCUUUACGACAAAUCAACUCGAGCCCAAUAGGCUCUAAUAAGGCCCAAUACGAUAUAAUCGUCUUCUUCCUGUAGAGUCGGGGACCUGGGAUUAGUCAAUAAAUGAGUAGAAUUUUUGUAAGGAAGAGAGUAGUUGGUGAGCGUCGCCAUUGAAGGGGAAAGCAGCCCAACUUUGCAUUGAAUGACACUUAAAAUCUUUCUCUCAGCAGCUGUCUUCAUUUAUGAUCGAUCCUACUUCUUUCUUCUCUCUACCAAUUUCAAGAUCUGGUCGUCGCUCACAGGAGAAACGUAAUGGAAAACAAAGAGACCAAGCAAGAACCAGCAGCAGCAGCUGAGCAAAAGACCGUUCCGUUGAUCGAAGAUGAGAUCGAGAGGAGCAAAGUCGGGAUCAUGAGAGCUCUCUGCGACCGACAAGAUCCUGAAACUAAGGAGGUGGAUGAUCUGAUGAUAAGGAGGUUUCUGAGAGCGCGUGACCUGGACAUUGAAAAGGCUUCAACGAUGUUUCUAAAUUACCUGACUUGGAAGAGAAGCAUGCUCCCAAAGGGGCACAUACCAGAAGCAGAGAUUGCAAAUGAUCUAUCGCAUAACAAGAUGUGUAUGCAAGGUCAUGACAAGAUGGGUCGACCUAUCGCUGUUGCCAUUGGGAACAGACAUAACCCUUCCAAAGGCAACCCUGACGAGUUCAAGCGUUUUGUUGUCUACACGCUCGAGAAGAUUUGUGCUAGAAUGCCGAGAGGUCAAGAGAAAUUCGUAGCAAUUGGAGAUCUGCAAGGCUGGGGAUAUUCUAAUUGUGACAUCCGUGGCUACCUUGCUGCUCUUUCCACUUUGCAGGAUUGUUACCCAGAGAGAUUAGGGAAACUCUAUAUAGUUCAUGCCCCCUACAUUUUCAUGACCGCAUGGAAGGUCAUUUAUCCUUUUAUCGACGCCAACACCAAGAAAAAGAUUGUUUUCGUGGAGAACAAGAAACUCACUCCAACGCUGCUUGAAGACAUAGACGAAAGCCAACUUCCCGACAUCUACGGAGGCAAAUUGCCACUUGUUCCUAUUCAGGAGACCUGAUUAUAGGUCUUACUACGGCCCACCUCUAUUUCCAAAUUAUUACUUACUAGUAUUAUUUUUUAUUUGAAUAAAAUGAAAAACAUAUUGAGUGUCGCCAAAUGCCAACAAUUAUAUAUUUACUGUCAAAGAAGCUAAAAGAUAUAAUAUUGAAAACACCUUUAAAUUUCAUGUAAUUUUUCAUAAUUAUCUAUCUACUGUGAUCUAGCCAUAAUACUUCGGCAACUAUACAAUUUCAGUCUAGCUUGCUGUUGCUCUUCCCUGCAAAUCUAACACACAACUUGUUCCAACUAGAAUUCUAAACCAA